UGACAGCGUGCGCCUUCUCGUGUCCUGCUCUUGAUGAAAACUUUUGCCGAAAACCAGUGAAUCGAAUUGAAAGCCGUUGAGAUGUGUGAAAAACCCAAGCAAAUAAUCCCUGAAUCCAAAGUGGCCAAAUUGGGCAGUAAACAAAGUGUGGAAAAGGAAGUGUGAGGCGCACUUUUCUGCGACGUGCGAGCCGAAAAAUCAAAAAAUCGAUUUAUCCCCCAAUAAAAACAAAGUGCACUAAAUGCCCCAAAACUCCCGAUGAACUUCAAAUAACCAAACUGGGCUGCGAAGUGUGAAAAGUGAAUUGAAAACCGAAUGCUUUACGAAAAAAUAGUCUUUCAAUUAAAUAUUCAAUGAAAUUCGUUGAGAGUGGGGGAGAAAAUCAAAUCAAAAGAGCAGGCAAAGCAGCUGACACAAGAACCUAACAAAGAUCAAAUCAAAAAUACGAAGUGUGAUGCAAACAAAACGAACAUUUCUGUAGAGCUAAGAGGUCGAAAAAGUAAAACAAUGACUAUGUUUCAACACCAAAAGCUUAAGUGCCAUUUGGCGAGUGAGUGAGUCCGUCAGCCGACGAGUAAGUCUGACAGAGACACGGCCAGCGUGUAAAUAAUAAAUAAUAAAAGGAGCGAGUAAAAAGUUAUUAGUAACAAUCGUUGUUGUUGAGUUGUUGUUGUUACCAACUGUCGACAUACCCUUGCAACUGCCGGCGAAAACAGCGAAAUAAUGGGUCUGCAGAUGACAGCAGCCCGUCCAAUCGCAGCUCUCAGCCUACUAGUGUUGUCCUUGCUCACCUGGACUCACCCCACAAUCGUGGAUGCAGCCCAUGCAAAUUAUUCGGAUAUACCAUAUAUACAGUAUCUCACACAUCCGCCGGAGAUCAUCAGGAAGCCGCAGAAUCAGGGAGUCCGAGUGGGCGGCGUUGCUAGCUUCUAUUGUGCGGCCCGCGGUGAUCCGCCUCCAUCGAUAGUGUGGCGCAAAAAUGGCAAAAAAGUUUCGGGAACCCAGUCGCGUUACACGGUGCUGGAGCAGCCCGGCGGGAUUUCCAUACUCCGGAUUGAGCCCGUGCGGGCGGGACGCGAUGAUGCCCCAUACGAGUGUGUGGCGGAGAACGGGGUGGGCGAUGCCGUUUCCGCAGAUGCAACUUUAACCAUCUAUGAAGGCGAUAAAACACCCGCAGGCUUUCCGGUUAUAACCCAGGGUCCGGGAACUCGCGUCAUUGAAGUGGGUCACACGGUCCUCAUGACAUGCAAAGCCAUCGGCAAUCCGACGCCAAACAUUUACUGGAUUAAGAAUCAGACAAAGGUUGAUAUGAGCAAUCCGCGCUACUCUCUCAAGGAUGGCUUCCUGCAAAUCGAAAACAGUCGCGAGGAGGAUCAGGGCAAAUACGAGUGUGUGGCUGAGAACUCAAUGGGCACGGAGCACUCGAAGGCCACCAACUUGUAUGUGAAAGUCCGUCGUGUUCCGCCCACCUUCUCACGCCCACCAGAGACCAUCAGCGAGGUGAUGUUGGGAUCCAAUCUGAAUCUAUCCUGCAUUGCCGUCGGCUCACCCAUGCCGCAUGUCAAGUGGAUGAAGGGCUCUGAAGAUCUUACACCCGAGAAUGAGAUGCCAAUCGGGCGAAAUGUCCUGCAGCUGAUCAAUAUCCAGGAGAGCGCCAACUACACUUGCAUAGCGGCCUCCACUUUGGGCCAAAUCGAUUCCGUUUCGGUGGUUAAAGUGCAAUCUCUGCCCACCGCACCCACCGAUGUGCAAAUAUCCGAGGUGACCGCCACUUCGGUGCGUCUGGAGUGGUCGUACAAGGGUCCCGAGGACUUGCAGUAUUACGUGAUCCAGUACAAGCCGAAGAACGCCAACCAGGCCUUCAGCGAGAUAAGCGGCAUCAUCACCAUGUACUAUGUGGUCCGCGCCCUGAGUCCCUACACGGAGUACGAGUUCUACGUGAUAGCCGUGAACAAUAUUGGACGUGGACCGCCCUCGGCACCAGCGACAUGUACCACCGGCGAUUUCUCAUUCGGUGGCACAAAAAUGGAAAGUGCACCACGUAAUGUCCAAGUGCGCACGCUGAGCUCGUCCACGAUGGUUAUUACUUGGGAACCACCAGAGACGCCCAAUGGACAAGUGACCGGCUACAAGGUGUACUACACGACCAAUUCGAAUCAGCCGGAGGCGUCGUGGAACUCCCAGAUGGUCGACAAUAGCGAACUGACCACAGUCUCGGAGCUGACGCCCCACGCCAUCUACACGGUCCGGGUUCAGGCCUACACAUCGAUGGGAGCCGGUCCAAUGUCCACGCCGGUCCAGGUGAAGGCCCAGCAAGGUGUGCCAUCGCAACCGAGCAAUUUCCGGGCAACCGAUAUCGGCGAGACCGCAGUCACACUGCAAUGGACCAAGCCGACGCAUUCCAGCGAGAAUAUCGUGCACUACGAGCUCUACUGGAAUGACACAUACGCCAAUCAGGCCCAUCACAAGCGCAUUUCCAACUCGGAGGCGUAUACCCUGGACGGACUCUACCCCGAUACCCUCUACUACAUCUGGCUGGCUGCAAGGUCGCAGCGCGGCGAGGGGGCCACCACCCCGCCCAUUCCGGUGCGCACCAAGCAAUAUGUACCAGGUGCUCCGCCUCGAAAUAUCACCGCCAUAGCCACCAGCUCGACGACCAUAUCCCUCAGCUGGCUGCCUCCGCCCGUCGAGCGGUCGAACGGCCGGAUCAUUUACUAUAAGGUGUUCUUCGUGGAGGUGGGUCGCGAAGACGACGAGGCCACCACCAUGACCCUCAAUAUGACCAGCAUUGUGCUGGACGAGCUGAAGCGCUGGACAGAGUACAAGAUCUGGGUGCUGGCCGGCACCUCCGUCGGGGAUGGGCCACGGUCGCAUCCCAUCAUUUUGCGCACCCAAGAGGAUGAGAAAAAGAUGCCCGGCGAUCCGCAAGAUGUGAAGGCCACGCCUUUGAACUCCACUUCGAUCCAUGUCAGUUGGAAGCCGCCUCUCGAAAAGGAUCGCAAUGGCAUCAUCCGUGGGUAUCAUAUUCACGCCCAGGAGCUGCGAGAUGAGGGCAAGGGCUUUUUGAACGAACCCUUCAAGUUUGAUGUGGUGGACACGCUGGAGUUCAAUGUGACUGGCUUGCAGCCGGAUACAAAGUACUCCAUUCAGGUGGCGGCACUAACUCGUAAAGGAGAUGGUGACCGGAGUGCUGCGAUUGUGGUGAAAACUCCUGGCGGAGUACCAGUUCGACCAACGGUGAGUCUGAAAAUCAUGGAGCGGGAACCGAUAGUGUCCAUCGAACUGGAAUGGGAGCGACCGGCGCAGACCUACGGCGAAUUGCGUGGCUAUCGACUUCGGUGGGGCGUCAAGGACCAAGCUCUGAAGGAGGAGAUGCUGUCAGGACCCCAGAUGACCAAGAAACGCUUUGAUAACCUGGAACGCGGAGUUGAGUACGAAUUCCGUGUGGCCGGCAGCAAUCAUAUUGGUAUCGGCCAAGAGACGGUGAAAAUAUUUCAAACACCAGAGGGAACUCCCGGUGGACCGCCCUCUAACAUUACCAUUCGCUUCCAAACUCCGGAUGUACUGUGCGUGACCUGGGAUCCACCAACUAGGGAGCACCGGAAUGGCAUAAUCACCCGCUACGAUGUUCAGUUUCACAAGAAAAUCGAUCAUGGCCUGGGAUCCGAGCGAAAUAUGACUCUCCGGAAGGCAGUGUUCACAAAUCUGGAGGAGAACACCGAGUAUAUCUUCCGGGUGAGGGCUUACACGAAGCAGGGAGCAGGUCCCUUUAGCGACAAGUUAAUCGUGGAGACAGAACGUGACAUGGGUCGAGCACCGAUGUCCCUGCAAGCAGAGGCAACCUCGGAGCAAACUGCGGAGAUCUGGUGGGAACCGGUAACAAGUCGUGGCAAGUUGCUGGGCUACAAGAUCUUUUACACCAUGACUGCUGUCGAGGAUCUGGACGAUUGGCAAACGAAAACCGUUGGACUUACGGAAUCCGCUGAUCUUGUUAAUCUCGAGAAGUUUGCCCAAUACGCCGUGGCCAUUGCAGCGAGGUUCAAGAACGGAUUGGGACGUCUUAGUGAAAAGGUUACAGUACGCAUCAAGCCGGAGGAUGUGCCCUUGAAUCUUCGCGCUCACGAUGUCAGCACCCAUUCGAUGACUUUGAGUUGGUCGCCACCAAUCCGGCUAACCCCGGUGAACUACAAGAUCAGCUUCGAUGCCAUGAAGGUGUUUGUGGACUCGCAGGGAUUCUCCCAGACCCAGAUCGUUCCCAAGCGAGAGAUUAUCCUUAAGCACUAUGUGAAGACCCACACUAUCAACGAACUCAGCCCGUUUACCACGUACAAUGUGAAUGUGAGUGCCAUUCCCUCGGAUUAUUCCUACCGGCCGCCCACAAAGAUUACGGUCACAACACAAAUGGCUGCACCUCAGCCAAUGGUGAAGCCGGAUUUCUACGGCGUUGUUAAUGGCGAGGAAAUUCUGGUGAUACUGCCUCAGGCUUCGGAGGAAUAUGGACCCAUAUCGCACUAUUAUUUGGUGGUGGUGCCGGAGGACAAGUCUAAUCUGCACAAUAUACCCGAUCAGUUCCUUACCGAUUACCUCUUGCCGGGCAGGAACAAGCCAGAGCGUCCAAAUGCGCCGUACAUUGCAGCCAAGUUCCCGCAGCGUUCCAUUCCGUUCACAUUCCACCUGGGAUCUGGGGAUGAUUAUCAUAACUUUACAAAUCGCAAGUUGGAGCGAGAGAAGCGCUACCGCAUCUUUGUGCGAGCGGUGGUGGAUACGCCACAGAAGCACCUCUACACCUCCAGUCCCUUCUCCGAGUUCCUGUCGCUGGACAUGAGGGAAGCUCCGCCAGGUGAACGGCCCCACCGACCCGAUCCCAAUUGGCCCGCGGAGCCGGAAGUGUCGGUGAACCGCAACAAGGACGAGCCGGAGAUUCUGUGGGUGGUGCUGCCCCUGAUGGUGUCGACCUUCAUUGUGUCCACCGCCCUGAUCGUUCUCUGUGUGGUGAAGCGUCGUCGCCAGCCGUGCAAGACUCCGGAUCAGGCAGCUGUUACAAGGCCCCUGAUGGCCGCCGACCUGGGAGCCGGACCUACUCCCAGCGAUCCCGUGGACAUGAGGCGCUUGAAUUUCCAGACACCCGGCAUGAUCUCCCAUCCGCCCAUACCGAUAUCCGAGUUUGCCAACCAUAUCGAACGACUCAAGUCCAAUGACAAUCAGAAGUUUUCGCAGGAAUACGAAAGCAUUGAGCCGGGCCAACAGUUCACCUGGGAUAACUCCAAUCUGGAGCAUAACAAGUCUAAGAAUCGCUAUGCCAAUGUUACCGCCUACGAUCAUUCACGCGUCCAGUUGCCAGCGGUGGAGGGUGUGGUUGGAUCAGAUUACAUCAAUGCCAAUUAUUGUGACGGCUAUCGGAAGCACAAUGCCUACGUGGCGACCCAAGGUCCGUUGCAGGAGACCUUUGUGGACUUCUGGCGCAUGUGUUGGGAGCUGAAGACGGCCACCAUUGUGAUGAUGACGCGAUUGGAGGAACGAACGCGCAUAAAGUGCGAUCAGUAUUGGCCCACCCGCGGAACGGAAACCUAUGGUCAGAUCUUUGUGACCAUCACCGAGACACAGGAACUGGCCACCUACAGCAUCCGUACGUUCCAGUUGUGCCGGCAGGGCUUUAACGAUCGGCGUGAGAUCAAGCAGCUGCAGUUCACAGCCUGGCCAGAUCAUGGAGUGCCCGAUCAUCCAGCUCCCUUCCUUCAGUUCUUGCGCCGUUGUCGCGCCCUCACGCCACCGGAAUCCGGACCCGUGAUUGUUCAUUGCUCUGCGGGAGUGGGUCGAACUGGCUGUUAUAUCGUAAUCGACUCAAUGUUGGAACGAAUGAAGCACGAGAAGAUUAUCGACAUCUAUGGGCAUGUUACUUGCUUACGGGCGCAACGGAACUACAUGGUACAGACGGAGGAUCAGUACAUCUUUAUCCAUGACGCCAUCCUGGAGGCCAUCAUAUGUGGGGUGACGGAGGUGCCGGCUCGAAAUCUACACACCCACCUACAGAAACUACUGAUCACGGAGCCCGGCGAGGCCAUCUCGGGCAUGGAGGUGGAGUUCAAGAAGCUGUCUAACGUCAAGAUGGACUCGUCCAAGUUCGUAACGGCCAAUCUGCCGUGCAACAAGCACAAGAACCGCCUGGUCCACAUUCUGCCGUACGAGUCAAGUCGCGUCUACCUGACCCCCAUCCAUGGAAUCGAAGGAAGCGACUAUGUGAACGCCAGCUUCAUCGACGGCUAUCGCUACCGUUCCGCCUACAUCGCAGCACAGGGUCCUGUCCAGGAUGCCGCUGAGGACUUUUGGCGCAUGCUCUGGGAGCACAACUCCACCAUUGUGGUCAUGCUGACCAAGCUCAAGGAAAUGGGCAGGGAAAAGUGCUUCCAGUACUGGCCUCAUGAGCGAUCCGUACGCUAUCAGUAUUAUGUCGUGGAUCCCAUUGCUGAGUACAACAUGCCGCAGUAUAAGCUGCGUGAAUUUAAGGUCACGGAUGCCCGGGAUGGCUCAUCGCGCACCGUCCGCCAGUUCCAAUUCAUCGAUUGGCCGGAGCAGGGUGUGCCCAAGUCGGGCGAGGGCUUCAUCGACUUCAUCGGGCAGGUGCACAAGACCAAGGAGCAGUUUGGCCAGGAUGGACCCAUUACCGUGCACUGUUCGGCGGGCGUGGGACGUUCGGGUGUCUUUAUCACACUGAGCAUCGUUCUGGAACGAAUGCAGUACGAGGGAGUACUGGACGUCUUCCAGACAGUGCGCAUACUGCGAUCCCAGCGUCCGGCUAUGGUACAAACCGAGGAUCAAUACCACUUCUGCUAUCGCGCUGCACUGGAGUACUUGGGCUCAUUCGACAAUUAUACAAACUGAGUUCAUUUCUCAAUGGGAUUGCCCGGUCCACAGAGCUAAAAUCUCAUCGACCCUGCGUUCGUUGCAUACUUAUUUCGAACUCUACGCAUAAUACGCAUUUACGAUAUACACGGAUAUCAUAACUCUAAAGUAUUAUAGCCAGCUACUGCCCACACUUACUUAAUACACCUAUACUUAUAUACGUGGAUAUGUUUAGUUUAUAAGCGCACCCCCGCCCGCAGGUUAUGUUACCAUUACGAUUCUUUGGGGGACUCGAUCUUUUAAUGCGUUCUAUUUUAUUGAUAAUGUAAACUAAAGAAGACUGUUACACGUUUAAUUAUCAAAACUUUAUAUAUCAACCCACAUGCACUUCUAUGUACGAGUGUGUGCAUCAAGAUUUGCUCGCUAAUGGAGAAGGAUGUCAAUCAACUUGUUGUUCGUGGUACUGCCGCCGGAGUGACCAUGAAUGAGGGGCGCCACUGGAAACCGAUACAUAUUUGAACUAAGGACUUGGUAGCUAUUAGUCUUACCGCCUAAAUCGAAUCUCGAACGGAAGCAAAGGGUCGAAAGUAGAAGCCAUUUUAAGUAAAUCGAAAACUUCUGGCGAUUUGGCGCAAACUCCAGUCGCUAUUAUAAUAUAUAAUACAAUCAAACAAACACUGCUAUGUUAAUCAGUUUUCAUGCCUCGGUUGAUGGAAACCAGUAAAAACGGUCCGUGCAAUUAGUCAAAAGUCUUGCAUAGCGCAUAUUUUAUAAGGCAGCUAGAUUCUAAAAUUAGUUUUCAAACACAACUUACGUUUUGAUCUCCCCGCAAAAGGUGACGAACCUUAUGGACUGAUCGAUGUCUUGGUAGCUAACAGACAGUUCAAAUUUCAUAGACCAUUAUGAUAGACCACAGACGCAACUUCCAGCUAUUUUAAAUUCAACCUCAUUCCCUCGACUUCUAUUCAGUUCCCUAGUACAUUCCUGUAUAUACCACAGUCGAUACCCGAGCUAGCCACGUAUGUAUGUGUAAUUUAGAUUGAAAAGCUAUGAAAAGUUAUUGUACCUAAGGUGUAUGAAGACAUAGAUAAUAACCAAGCGAACAGAUUAGAAUAACUGUAGAUAUGUACUGUAGCAUAUAAUUUUUACCAUAAAAUAGAGCGACACACGCGGUUAUAAAUAUACAUAAAUCAAGACAUUGGCAAUAGUUCUUAAGGUACAUUAUAAUGUAUAUAACUGAUAAGCUGUUUUGCAAAACGUUUGAAUUCGGCCUCGUAACUAUACAUAAAUAUAUAAAGAGUUAGCAAGCAAAUGCUUAAAAGCAAACACUAAAUUAUUAGCUGAAACACAUGUUAAACAACCAUAGUCAUAUGUAAACUAAAUAUUUAUACGAAAUAAAGGUAUUUGUUAUAACUACUCUAGCAUGUUGCCCCUGCCAAUUGGAUCGGAAGAGUUAGGAAG